GAGAGGUGAGUGAGCCAGACCAGCACCCACUCAAAAUCCAAUUUGUGGUGUGGGUCGAAGGCCGAAGUUCUGUUAUGUUGUGUGGAGAGGGGGUGCUUGCCGUUAUCCUCUGCCGCUGGUCAUGCUGCCAUCUUGUCUUAAACACAAACCGGAUAUUCUAUCACCAUCCCCAACACUAGUAACGACAAAACCCAGGCCCUCUCCUUCGUCUUGUUCUUCAGGUAACUUUUGGGUAUCAAUCUCCAAAACUAUUCUUUCUUUUCCCCAAUAGAACCCAUACAUCACUCCCUAUCUCUCUACCUACUCAGACCCCACCUCCCUAAUAUAGAUAUAUAUAUAUAUAUGUCUAUUGCCUUUCAUUGAGAUCCAAAAAAUAAAAAAAUAAAUAAAAAAAUACAGAGGAAAACCCAUAAGAGAGAUUUAUCUCUUCCUUCUUUUAUCAAUCAACAAUGGCAUUAAUGGAUGCAAUCAUGGAUCUUCAAACACUGCCUUUGGGAACCGCCAUUGCGAUGGCUGGUCCCGCGGUUGCUCUUGGUGGCCUUUCACUGUGGUUGAUCAAAGGCUAUGUUUAUAACCAAAAGAGGAGAGCUUCUAAUCUCCCACCUUUACCUGAGGUACCGGGUCUGCCGGUGAUUGGGAAUCUGCUGCAACUGAAGGAGAAGAAACCCCACAAGACUUUCACCAGAUGGGCCAGGACUUAUGGUCCAGUCUAUUCUAUCAGAACUGGUGCCAACAUCAUCGUUGUCCUCAAUAACACCGACGUUGCCAAGGAGGCCAUGGUAACCAGAUUCUCAUCCAUCUCAACAAGAAAGCUAUCAAAUGCCCUAAAGAUUCUCACUGCUGAUAAAUGCAUGGUUGCAACAAGUGAUUAUGAUGAUUUCCACAAAACAGUAAAGCGACAUAUACUGACAAAUGUUUUGGGACCAAAUGCGCAGAAGCGACACAGGGGCCUCAGGGACACCUUGAUAGAUAAUGCUUCAAAGCAAUUCCAUGCUCAUGUGAAAGACUAUCCUCUUCAAGCUGUAUCCUUCAGGGAAAUCUUUGUAUCUGAACUUUUUGGAUUAGCAAUGAAAGAAGCUCUGGGGACUGAUGUGGAAUCUAUUUAUGUGGACGAGCUUGGAACCACUUUAUCAAGAGAAGAGAUAUUCAAGGUUUUAGUGAAGGACCCAAUGGCAGGUGCAAUCGAUGUAGAUUGGAGAGACUUCUUCCCAUACUUCAAAUGGAUUCCAAACAAAAGUUUUGAAAUGAAAAUCCAGCAAAUGGAUUUCCGUAGGCAAGCCUUGAUGAAAGCCCUGAUUAGGGAGCAUAGUAAACGAGUUGCUUCUGGCGAGCUUGCGUGGGAUUUAAACCAGGAAGUGAAUUCUUAUCUCAACUACUUGUUAGCCGAAGCAAAAACACUAUCAGAGAAACAAGUGGCUAUGUUGCUCUGGGAGGUGAUUAUUGAAACAUCGGACACUACUUUGGUCACAACAGAAUGGGCCAUGUAUGAACUUGCAAAGAAUCCAAAGCUGCAGGAUUGUCUCUAUCAAGAAAUUCAAAGCGUUUGUGGCUCUGAGAAUAUUACAGAGGAAAAGUUGUGUCAGCAUCCAUACUUGUAUGCGGUGUUCCAUGAAACAUUGAGAAAGCACAGUCCUGUUCCAAUAAUUCCUAUGCGAUAUGUCCACGAAGACACACAACUAGGAGGAUACUAUGUUCCUUCUGGGAGUGAGAUUGCUGUCAACAUUUAUGGGUGUAACAUGGACGAGAAACAAUGGGAGAAUCCUGAAGAUUUUAACCCUGAGAGAUUUCUUGACAAGAAAUCUGAUGUCAUGGAUUUGCACAAGACAAUGGCCUUUGGAGGCGGAAAGAGGGUGUGUGCAGGUUCUCUUCAAGCAAUGCUAAUUGCUUGCACUGCAAUUGGUAGAUUUGUACAAGAGUUUGAGUGGAGACUCAAAGAUGGGGAGGAAGAAAAUGUUGAUACACUAGGGCUCACCACUCAGAAACUUCAUCCGUUGCAAGUAAUUAUAAAGCCGAGAAAUUGAUGAUUAUGUAAUCAAACAUCUUAUUUUAUCUACAGUAUGUGGUGUGAGUUGGUGCUUUGGGGCUACUAAAUAAUUGUUCUUAUUUACAGUAUGAAUUUUCUUGGCCAUUUGGACAUGGCUCGAAUGUAAUGCAAAGAGUCCUAUGUUAUAAAUUUGAGUAUUUUACCUAGUGUUUCUA